UCACAUUCUUUCUUUUAGCAUUCUUGAUUCUUUAUUUUGGUUCUUGAUUCUGGUUCCUGGUUUUUUACUCUCGAUAUUCUUGAUUCUUGAUUUUGGUUCUUGAUUCUUGAAAAUCUUAGUCGUAUGGCAGAAAAACAAGCUUUGAAUGGAGCCUAUUACGGCCCAGCAAUCCCACCACCACAAAACUACCACCGUCAUGGCCGCGGUUCAGGCUGCGGCUGCGGCUGUUGCCUCUUAAGCUGCUUACUGAAGAUCAUAGUCACCGCCGUCGUGGUUCUUGGUCUUGCCGUCCUCAUAUUCUGGCUCGUAGUACGUCCCAAUAAAGUCAAGUUCCAUGUAACAGAAGCUACUCUCUCGGAGUUCAAUAUUGCAAACAAUAAUCUCCGUUACAAUUUAGCUCUCAACAUCACUGUGCGUAACCCUAACAAGAAACUGGGUGUAUACUACGAUAGAAUUGAGGCGAGACCACGCUACGAAGAUCAAAGAUUCGAUUCUAAAUUCUUGACUCCAUUUUAUCAGGGACACAAAAAUACCAAAGUUUUGACUCCUUCAUUUCAAGGAGAGCAUGUGAUUCUUCUAGCUGGCGAUAAACUGGUUGAUUAUAAUCAAGAAAAGGUAUCUGGGAUUUACAGCAUUGAUUUAACUCUGUAUUUGAAGAUUAGAUUCAAGAUUGGCGAUAUUAAAGUGGGAACAUUCAAGCCCAAGAUUCAGUGUGAGUUGAAGGUUCCUCUCAAUAACACUGCUGGUAUUUUUCAGAGAACCGAGUGUGAUUGGGAUUAUUGAUCAUGGUUUUGCAUGAUCUAUAUCAGUUUUUCCUUUUUCAUGUUAUCGGUUUCAUUUCUUGAUUAUAUUGUUAUUCUUUGUUUUUUUCUUCUUGAUUUUGCUUAUUGUACUCAUAUAUUUAGAGAUUAUUAUUCUUUUUGAUGUGUUAUGUAUAUGAGCAUAUGGCUGAUGUAUAUAAAUAAAUAAUUUCGUACGUUA